CUGAAGCUGACGAGGAUGAUGAUGAUGAUGAUGAUGGCGGUGAUGGAGGAGCAAGGCUGACUUCGCUCUCCCAGCGUUUUCUCUCCCCUUUUUUUUUUCCUCAAUUCAUUCUCUUUUGAUUGUUGAGAAAAGACAACACAGCGAUAUAACAGCGACGCCGCCGAUCCGUCCGAACACCUUUCUCCACCUUCCUCCCGUCUCCUGAGCCGAGAUGGGGAACGAAGCGAGCAUGGAGGGCGGCGGGCAGCCCGGUGAGCCUGGAGCCGCCGGGAUGAUGGGGUCGAUGAUGCCCGGAGGACCCGCAGCAGGACCGGGGGCAGGACAGCACAUGAAGCCGGUCAACGGAGCCGCUGCCGGGGGAGGGAUGGGAGUCGGAGGCCCCGGGAUGGGGAUGACGAGGGGUCCAAUGGGUCCAAUGGGUAGCCCCAAGCCUGGCAUGCAACAAGGAGGAAUGGGAAUGGGAGGAGGAGGAAUGGGAGGAGGUGGUAUGGGAGGAAUAGGAGGAGGAGGGAUGGGAAGAGGAAUGGGAGGAGGAAUGGGUGGAGGAAUGGGAGGUGGAAUGGGAGGAGGAAUGGGUGGAGGAAUGGGAGGCGGAAUGGGUGGGGGAGGAAUAGGAGCAGGCAUGGGCACUGGUGGAGGAAUAGGGUCCAGAGCUGGUGAGCCUUACCGCCUGGCCACCCACGAGAGUCCAGUUUCACCCCGACAUAUGCAGUCAAGCCAGGGGCCUGGCAUGGGGCACGGCCCGGGGUCUGGUCAUGGGGUGGGUCACGGUCCAGCUGGGUCUGGCAUGGGAGGCCAUGGUCCAGCUGGGUCCGGCAUGGGAGGCCAUGCAGGUCAAAGUCCUGGUCAGCACGCCUCCCGUCGAAACCUCCAAGUCGACUUCAGCGGUUCAGGCGGCUCCAGGACAGGACGAUCUCCCUCAGUGUCUCCUGACCGCGGAGUGACGCCCACCUCGCCCUACUCGGUACCGCAGAUCGCCCCAAUGCCGAGCAGCAAGCUGUGCCCAGUGUGCACCACUACAGAGCUGUCCAACCCACCGGCUGUACCCAACUACAACACCUGCACCCAGUGUAAGGCCACCGUCUGUAACCAGUGUGGAUUCAACCCCAACCCGCACCUCACUGAGGUCCAGGAGUGGCUAUGUCUGAAUUGUCAGAUGCAGAGAGCUCUUGGCAUUGAUAUGACCACGCCUCGCUCUAAGAGCCAACAGCAGAUUCACUCUCCGUCCCACCAAGCCAAACCCAUCGUCCAGCCUCAGCAGCCCACACCUCAGCCAACACAGCCAACACAGCCAGCAGCAGCACAGCCCAAGCCUUUGGCACAGAGUCAGCCAACCCAACGUCAGCAGCAGCAGCAGCAGCAGCAGCAGCCCCCCUACGGACAGACUCAACCCUACUCCCAGUCGCAGCCAUACUCGCAGUCCCAGCAGUAUCCUCAGUCUCAGCCCCAGUUGUACCCUGCAUCCCAGCUGGGGCCCCAGACUCAGCCUCAUACCUCCCCAGGCUUGCAGAGACACCCAGGCCCUGGCGGCCCCCAGACGCAGACUGGGCCCCUUCAGCAGGGCAUGAGGUCCGACCCAUACUCCCAGAGAGGUCCUGGAGCUCCAGGUGCAGUCGGAGGUCCCACAGGAGGCCCAAACCAGCCAGGGGGUCCACGGAUUCCCCACCCCGGCGCUGUGCCUCUUCCUGGCUUAACCAAGGCUCCCUCCCAGCCGGAUUUGGGUCGCGGUUCUCCAAUGCACCAGUCCAUGGCCCGACACCAUGACCAGACCAGGAGUGCCGGCUCCUCCCCAGCCCACAGACCUCAGAGUCAGGCCCCUCCUCCUGCUCAGGAUGGCCUGACCAAACUGUUUGGCUUCGGGGCAUCGCUGCUCAAUCAGGCUAGUACCUUGAUAAAUGUUGACCCUCUACCCACUGCCUCAACCCAGCCAAGCCCUGCACGAGGCAAGGUGGUGUUCAGUAAUGCAACCCCUGACAGCAGGCAGCAACAACAGGGGGCUCCUGGCACCAAGCCUUUUGGGAUGGGUGGCCCUCAUGCUCCAACUCAAAUGGGUGGCCCUCAUGCGCCUAGCCAGAUGGGGGGUCCUCAUGCGCCGAGCCAAAUGGGGGGUCCUCAUGGGCCCAGCCAGAUGGGGGGCCCUCAUGCACCAAGCCAAAUGGGAGGCCCUUAUCCACCGACCCAAAUGGGGGGUCCUCAUGGACCCAGCCAAAUGGGCGGCCCUUAUCCACAGACCCAAAUGGGGGGUCCUCAUGUACCGAACCAAAUGGGAGGUUCCCAAAUGAGUGGACCACAUGGGCCAACCCAGAAACAGCAGACCAUGCCCCAACAACAAGGAAUGGCACAACAACAGUCACCCGCACAUCAUCAGAAAGGGCUGCAAGGUCAACUGAACCAGCAGACACCUACUCAUAUGCAGAAAACACUGCAAAAGCAGGAGCCCAUGGCUGCUCCUGCACCCGCUCCAGAGCCGGCAAAGCCUAAAGUGAACUGUCCUCUUUGUAAAACUGAGCUCAACAUCGGCAGCUCUGACCCGCCCAACUACAACAGCUGUACACAGUGUCACAGCCAAGUGUGCAACCUGUGUGGCUUCAACCCCACGCCACAUCUGGUGGAGAAAAAGGAGUGGUUAUGUCUCAACUGCCAGACCCAGCGGCUGAUGUCCGGAGGUGGUCUUGACGAUCCCCCACUUCCUGUUCCUCAUCCAUCUCCCAAGCACCAGCCAAUGGGUUCGCCCCGUCACCAGGUGCCGACCAGUCAGCCAAGCCCUCUCCACAAACCUACCAGUCAGCAGGGUCCCAAGCCAGUCCAGUCCCAGACGCAGAAACCACAGGCGGGAACUGGCAUCAGCGGAAUGUUUGCGCCCACUGCUGCUAAACAGCCAACUGACACCAAGACAACGACACCAGCUACGGCACCAGUACCAACCUCAGAGGCCCAGAAACAGCCAAAACCCACAGAGGAGAAGCCCAAGAUCGAGCCUGAGAGCCAAACUCCCAAAGAGACAAAACCCUCCCAGAAGAAAGGAGAACAGAUUACACAAAUCAAGGACAUCAAGAAGUCCAGGCACUAUGAUGAUACAAAAAACAACAGCACCCAUGACUUGUCACGCAGCCCUCAGAGCCUCAGUGACACCGGCUACUCCUCUGAUGGCAUCUCCAGCUCCCAUAGUGAAAUCACAGGCCUAAUACAAGAAGAGGAGAUGAAGCUGAGUGAGAGGGGUAUCAGUGGGCGGGGAUCCCCACCAAGCCCAUCUGAAAUCACCAAGCUAGAGAGCUCCAUGAGGCCUUUGCUGGAGAAGAGUCUUUCUGAGGAGAAGCCAGACAGAAGGGGGAGGAAGCACAGAGACAGAGACUUGGAUGACAGAGGAAAGCAACGCCCACGGUCCCUGUCAAUCCCACCUGAUGCAUACGACUCUGACGAGGAACUAGAAGAUAUAGUGGAGGAAGAAGAGGAUGGAGGAGACUGGGAAGGCAAACGGAAAGAGGUGAAGGAGGAGAAGAAGGAGAAGAAAAAGAAAGAGAAAGAGAAAGAUGCCGAGCCCACAGAGAUGACUGAUGAGGAGUUCAUGAGGAGACAAAUAAUGGAGAUGAGCGCUGAUGAAGAAAAUGAGGAGGAGGAGGAGGAGGAGGAAGAGAUGGAGGAAGAGGAAGAUGAGGAAGAUGAAGGAUAUGGCUAUCAGAAACCCAAGAAGAGCCACCAUAAGCACACCAUCUCCGACUCAGGGAAAGAGAAGAGACGACUUCAACACCACUCCAGCAGUUUUGAGGAGGAAACUAAGAGCUCUACCGAUGUUUAUAAAGGCUCAGUGGAGGAGGGUGAGGAAGAUUUGAUGGCAUCACAAGGAGGCCUGAGGCGCUUCAAAACCAUUGAACUCAAUAACACCAAUAGCUACAGCCGCGACAUGGAGCUGAGUAGUGAAAAUGACCUAAGCCUUGAUCGGGAGCCAGAGCUAGAGAUGGAGAGUUUGACAGGAUCUCCUGAGGAGCGUUCUCGGGGUGACUACUCCUCUACUCUGCCAGCCACUUCAUCCUCGUAUGGCUCAGGUCAGUCUCCCACUUCAAUCUCAUCGAUGGAGGAAGACAGUGACAGUAGCCCCAGCAGGAGGCAAAGGCUGGAAGAGGCCAAGCAGCAAAGGAAAGCACGCCACCGCUCCCAUGGCCCUCUCCUCCCCACUAUCGAAGACUCUUCAGAAGAGGAUGAGCUUAGAGAGGAAGAGGAACUUCUGAGAGAGCAGGAGAAGAUGAGGGAAGUGGAGCAACAGAGAAUAAGGAGCACAGCACGGAAGACUAAGAGGGAUAAGGAGGAGCUAAGGGCUCAGAGGCGCAGAGAGAGGUCAAAGACACCACCAAGCAAUCUCUCGCCUAUUGAAGAUGCUUCCCCAACUGAAGAGCUGAGACAAGCGGCAGAAAUGGAAGAGCUCCAUCGCUCCUCUGCCUCCGAAUAUUCCCCUCAGAGUCUUGAUUCAGAGGCUGAGGGAUAUGAGUCCAAACUUUACAAGUCAGGCAGUGAGUACAACCUGCCUACCUUUAUGUCUCUCUAUUCACCAGUAGAGAAGUCCUCAACUACAACAACCACCACAGCACCAUCUUCUACUUCCAAACCACUAAAGAGCGCUGAGGAGGUUUAUGAGGAGAUGAUGAGGAAGGCAGAGAUGCUUCAAAAACAACAGAAACAACAGCAGCAACAGCAGCAACAUGGAAGGCAUGGGCAGUACUACGAUGAGGACAUUAAUGGACAAGGUUAUGAUGAAGAGUACGAAUAUGAACAAGAUCAAACAGGUUAUGACAAUGAGGCAGCAGAGACAGAAACAGAUAUCUAUGAGGAGAUCCGACAAACAUCUCAGAACAUCACCAAGAUGCAGCAAGCCACCGAUGAGCAAGUAGAGAUUGAGAUUGAAAGCUCCUACCCAGACAAACAGCUCCUAGACACAGGUUCAGCCUUUGCUAAGCUAUUGGAACAAAGCAAUGCCCUCCUAACUCCAGGUACAAGUCCCACCCAGAUCUCAGCUCCUGUCUCCUUUGCUGAGACUGGUGGACGGAUUCCUGAUGUCCGAGUAACACAGCACUUCUCUACAAAGGAUGGACACAAAGACAGGAUCAAAAGCCAAGCAGGAAAGAAUGGAAUAACUCCAACAGUGGCUGCCACCACUAUUGCAGCUUAUGGAGUUUAUGCCAGAGAUGCGGUGACUAUUUCUCAGACUAGUUCAAGCCACACUAUGACCACCACUCAGUCUGGUAUGUAUGGCCGGCACACUGGAAGUACUUCCACAUCGUCAGCCACAGUCUCAAGUGUGUGCAGCAAGAUUGCAGAGAUUACCCAGGCCUAUAGUCAAAGAGAAGUGAUCACCAGAAGGAUAGGGGACACCAGGGGUGUCCAAGUGCGUGACAGUUCAACAUCUUCUACAGAAAGAAUUAUUGAGCCACGUUCUCCCAAGUAUACUACUUAUUAUAGGAGCACCAGUCCUCCUCUCUCUCCAUCGCCACCACCACAGAGUCCUACCCGUUCACCUUCCAGAAGGAAUACAGCUGAGUUCUCCACACAGACUUUCAGUUCAGCAUUACGAAUGGAGUCUGGCUCAGGGCCUACAUCUCCAGUCAUGGCUCAGGGAACCCAAACAUCACAUCGAUCUGUUUCUCCACGGCUCUAUCGACAACAGUCUUCCCAGGAUGCUCCAUACUCCCCACCACCAAGCCCAGCUAGGCCAAUGACAGUCAACACUGCUACUUCUCCCCUGUCUUCACCUACCAGAUUUAGCCGCCAAUCAACGUUUGACAAUUACUCCCCAUGUGGCAGCCCUCCAGACACACCACCUUACCAACAUUCUCCAACACGCAGCUUCUACCGAACACAAAGAGUGGAGAAGGUAAAUGUCGGAACAAGUAUGGUCACUACAGCCAGCAUUUACACCAGAGGGUCUAUGUCAAUGGAUAACAUCUCCCUCUGUCGAAUCUCAACAGUCCCAGGCACUUCUCGGGUAGAGCAGGGCCAUAUGAUCCAAGGUGGAAGUGUUGUGGACCUCAGAACAGUCGCAAAACCUGCUCCUAUUAUCAUGACUGACCAGGGAAUGGAUCUCACUUCCUUGGCCACUGAAAGUAGGAAAUACCAUGGGGGAUCUGAAGGUAGCAGACAUUCAACAAUUGUACAGCCGUUGAUUAUGAACCUGAACACCCAGGAGACCACCACACCAACCACUGUGAGUGUAACUGUGGCUGCUUCCAUGUUCAUGACCCAGCCCAAACAGCCAACAGUUUAUGGUGAUCCCCAUCAAAACCGAGUGGAUCUGGGUCAGGGCAUGGGUUCAGCUAUGUGUCUUUCCCAGAGCAAACCACAAAUUUCAACCCCAGUAGACCCAUCAAUACCAAAGAUUGAUGCCAAACUGGAAGACCUAAGUGUCCAACAGAGAGAGCUACAAAUGCAACAAGAGAAGCUGCAGAAACAGCAAGAGCUCCUUGAACAGCAGUUGCACCACCACCAUCAGAUGCAACAUCAUCAGCAACAGGCAUCUGCUUUGGCCAGAUACAACCUUACUGGCCAGAUCUCACCUUUGCUGAAAAAAGACUUGCUAGUGAGCCAGACAAGCACUGCCUCGGCUGUGGUCAGUGCAGUGUCACCAGUUAUUAACCCUGAGAUGUAUGGUGGUGGCCCCAUUGAGCUGAAAGGGAAGCCCAGUCCACCUGGUUUGAUGCCAGGAGGUAAAUCACCACAUAGCAUGGUAGUACAGAUGGAUGGAGGACCUGAGCAGGCCAGAGCAGUGUCUCAGCUGGUGAAGGUAGAAGAAGGACAGGAUGCUAUGGAUCUCACAGGAGGCCAAAUUAAACCUGACAACCAACCAGCUUGCUGUGAUGUUGUUUACAGACUACCAUUUGGCGGAAGCUGUGUUGGUGGUUCUGAGAAAGAGGGCAUAAGACCUCCAUCUGCCCCACCUCUCACCUACGAGUCUGACCAAGAAAGCCAACCUAGAGGUUACCAUGAGUAUGCAAUGGAUGGACGUAAGGCCUACACAUUACCUUUCCCUGGUAGGCUCCAGCCUUCGAUGUCUGAUACAAACCUAGCUGAUGCUGGGCUACAGUCCUACCAUUCUAAACUAGAACCACACAUUCAAGCCCCUGGGGAACUUGCUGUAGAUUUAACUGCUAUGAAGCAGGGCUAUGGAGGAUUUAUAGGGAUGCAGUAUGGGUCCUAUACAGACUUACGGCAUGGAGGAGACAUUGCAGCCCAAACACUGCCCAUACGGAGAUAUAAUUCUCUAUCUAACAUCAGUUCAGACUAUGGCUACUCUCCUCGUGAAAUUGCUAGCUUCCAAGAAGCUAACUUGGCUCAGUACAGUGCUACAACUGCCAGGGAGAUUAGCCGAAUGUGUGCAGCACUUAAUUCCAUUGAUCGCUAUGGAAGCAACCCAGAUUUGAUGCAGUUUGGUAGUUUAGGGAGAGGAACCGGGCCUGGGAGUGCCAGACUUGCAAGCCUUGGCAUGAGACAAACCCUCCUCUUUGGACUAGAUGGGAAGCCAAUCUCCCACAGUCAAGCACUAACUAACCUUAUCAAUGCCAGGCAGGCCAGUCUCAGAGCCAUGUACCCUGCUGCCAUUAGAUCCUCUGAUGGGAUGAUCUACUCCACCAUUCAGACCCCCAUUGCUUCUACACUUCCCAUCACAACCCAGCCUGCCUCUGUUCUUCGCCCACUACUGAGGGGAGUCUACAGACCAUACCCAUCUGCCAACAUGACACCUGUUCCCCUUUCAAGUCUUAGUAGACUUCCAGUGAGUCCCAGAAUGCCCAUAGCUGGACAAGCUCCAGUUCGUUACCCAUCACCAGGUCUUCUUCAAACAACGUCAACCACUGCCACUUUUACUGGUGCUGCCACAACUUCGGCACCAGGAGGUGCCCCAGUUUCCAUGACAACACCUAGUUCGACAGUCCAGGAUGAACCAGUUUACCUUGGUAAAGGUGCUACAUUGACUUCAACAGCAGAGAUCACCUCAGCACCAGGAAUGGUUGUCAUACCAACAGAGCCACAGCAGCAGCCAAUAAACCUGUCCCAGGCUCACCUGCACAGUCAACAACAACAACAACAACAGGUUACAACUUCUCAGCAGCAACAACAACCACCUCCAGCAGCGUAUGCCUACCCACCCUCAGCCCCUUCACACACUCACGGAUACACCCAACCACCAGUUGGCCCCCCUGCCCCCACCGGUGGCUUACCCAUUGCAGGGGGUCUUCCUCCCUUCCCUCCACCAGGUGCCAUACACAAGGAGGGUGAAACCGAGGCAGAGAGGCUGCACCGGCAGCAGGAGCAGCUCCUGCAGAUGGAGAGGGAGCGCGUAGAGCUGGAGAAACUCCGGCAACUGCGCCUGCAGGAGGAGCUGGAACGUGAAAGAAUAGAGCUGAAGAUGCACAGGGAGAAGGAGCAGAUCCUGGUGCAGCGAGAGUUACAGGAGCUGCAAAACAUCAAGGAGCAGAACAAGCAGUUGAAAAUCUUUCAAGUUAACUCUGUUAAACAGGUUCUACAGCAGCAGCAAAAUGAACGCGAGAAACAACUUGUUCUCCAGAGGGAACAGCUGGCACAGCAGAAGUCCCAGCUAGACCAGAUCCAGUCUUUGCAGCACCAGCUCCAGCAGCAGCUUGAAGAGCAGAAGAGACAGAAAACAGCAGCUCACAAUGUGCCGCUGGAUGUGAAUGGACAGCCGCUGAACCCCUACAUCGACUCUCAGAUGAGCUCCCGUUCUCUCCCCAACUCCUCUUCAGAGAUGUGUCUGAGGAGUCAGGAGGAGCACAUGGAGACCAGGAGCAACAUGAGGAAACACAGCUCCAUGACCAGGCUGAGCAGGGACAGCUUGGACGGCGAUGGCGUGAUGUUUUACGGCUCCCCCCGAAGGAUCGUGGACAGCUGUGUGCAGACAGACGAUGAAGAUGGGGAAGAGAGGUACAUGAUGCGUCAUCGCACCAGAAGGCGUGGUCGCAGUGUUGACUGCUCUGUCCAGACAGAUGAUGAUGAGGACAAGGCUGAGACAGAGCAGCCGGUCCGGCGAAGACGUUCCCGUUUUUCCAGGCACUCUGAGUCGAAUGCCACUGGAAGCAGCACUGCUGCCACGACCAACUCAGCUACUGACUCCAAAAGCGACACUUUGAAAAUGGUAUCCUCCAGUAUCGCCAUCCAGACCAUCAGGGAAAUGUCUUGCCAGACAGAAGUGGAGCACCUAGGAAGAGUUUCCCCAGCAAUCCACGUGACAGUACCAGACCCAAAUAAAGUAGAGAUUGUGCACUACAUCUCCGGACCUGAGCGAACCCAAAAAGGACAGUCUCUAGCAUGUCAGACUGACCCAGAAGCCCAGUCACAGGGUGUUGUAGCUCCCCAGCUCAGUGUACCAACCACAGUCAGUCCAUAUUCUUCCUCUACCAGUACCGGAACGCAACAAUCUGGCUCCAUCGACCUGCUAAACCAGCAGCGCCAGCAGCAGCAUAUUGCAGCAAACGCAGCCAAGUUUGAGCGACGCCGCCCCGACCCACUUGACAUCAACUACCAGCCUCACAACCACCUGCACAACGAGUCUAUCUCCAGCAUCAUCCGUCAGCAGCAGACAGCCCCCAAAUCCCCCCAAGUCCUCUACUCGCCUGUCUCGCCAGUGUCCCCUCACCGCCUGCUGGAGACUUCUCUGUCCAAUGAAAGGCUAAACAAGGCCCACGUUACACCUCAGCAGAAGUCCUACACAGCUGAGUCCCCUCAACGACACCCUUCUGUGCCCCGCCCCAUCAAGAGCACCCAAAGGUCCAUGUCAGAUCCAAAGCCCCUCAGCCCCACCACAGACGAGCACACCAAGGCCAGACUGUCCCUCUAUCAACAACAAGCACUCCAGAGCCAGCUGGCAGCCCUACAGCAGAGCUCGCUGCUCCGUAAAGUCAAGCGAACCCUGCCCAGCCCUCCUCCAGACGAGACUACUACAGCAGCUCACCUGCCCAUGAUGACACCCGCCCUCCAACAGGUCUACCUGCCCUCCGUGCCCAGCCUCAAGCCCAGCUCUAGGUCUGGCCUGGCUGCCAAAGCCAGCCUCCUCAAAGACCUCACCCACGAGCUGAAGGCCGUGGAGCAAGAGUCGACCAAACUGAGAAAGCAGCAAGCUGAACUGGAGGAGGAGGAGAAAGAGAUUGAUGCUAAACUGAGAUAUUUAGAACUGGGGAUCCAUCAGAGGAAAGAGACAUUGGUCAAGGAGAGGGAGAGGAGGGAUAUUGCCUACCUGAGGUGUAUGGGGGAUACUAGGGACUAUAUGUCUGAUAGUGAGUUGAAUAACUUACGUUUAGCAGCUGCCGCUGCAUCACAUGAGUCAAAUGGGCUACUGUCAACAAGGCCAAGCACCGCCCCUCUCAGCCAGUUCACCAGCGAUCUCAAUACAGCAGCUCAGUACCCACCCACCUCAUCCUUCCUCUCUUGUCAGUACCCCCAGAGCCAACCCGCAGCACCAUCUCAGCAAUCAAGUCUGCCAUACCAGUCUUCAACAUUCAACCAGCCUCCCUAUCCAACUGUGUCUCAGUCCCAGGCACUGCCACAGCCCACGCCCCUCCAGAGCCAUGUCCCUCCUCCUGGACCUUCAUACCAGUCUCAACCCUCCUACCCCUCCCAUACCUACCCCCAAACUCAGCCCCCAUACCCCCAGACAGACAUGGGGAUACCAGCUGCACCUCAGCCGCAGCCGGGGCAUACAGGUUUUGGGCCUGCACCGCCUGGUCAGCCCCCAUACCCCACCCACAGCUCACCCUAUCCCAGCGCUGUGUCUUCCUACCCCAGCCAGACCACCCCAUACCCUGGGCAGCCCCAAGCUGAUAUCCUGACAGUCCACCCAGGAAGACCAAGGCAGACUUCACUUGCCGAUCUGGAGCACAAGAUGCCCACCAACUACGAGACAAUCAGCAACCCCACAGUUGUGGUCACCACGACGGCCCAGGAUGCUACCUAUUCCAGUGCAGCCCCCUCUUAUGGUCAGUACACUGGAUCGACAACGAUGGCCAGCUCCUAUGGGCCCUAUGGCUCAGCGCCAGUGUCCAGCAGCUAUGGUGGGUACUCAACCAUGCCACCCAGUACCUAUGGCCAGUAUACUUCAUCCUCAGCUAGUUCAUAUGGCCAGUAUACAACAACCACUGCUAAUACUUAUGGCUACACCACCACCACAGCCAGCUCUUAUGGACAAUAUACUUCUACAGUUUCCAAUGCCUAUGGGCACUCUGUAGACAGUCCCUCCACCUACAGCACUGCAGAUGGGAUGUAUGGGGCUCCUGGCUUAGAGCAAAACAUUCCCAGGAACUACAUGAUGAUUGACGAUGUCAGUGAGCUGACGGCAAAAGAUGGGCUGGGCACGACGACAGGGGACAUGAUGCAUCAUGGCGGCAGUGGGCGUUACCCAGGCGACAUCCACGGCCACAGCACCAUUGGCAGCACGACGCGUGGGGGAACUGGCAGCUCCUCCUAUGGCAGGGCACCUGAAGAGGAAGCAGCGAUGCAGGAAGAGCUGUACGACCACCAUGGCAGGGGUAAGAGCAGCUACAGGCACGGACCACUAGGGGGCAGCAGCAGCAGCGUGAGCGCUAGCAUGGGUGGGGGAUCCUCCUAUUACUAUGACUACGACUACAAACAUGGCAGCAUCCGCACCGGGGUACAGAAACCUUCACCGUCUGCCAGAAGCCUUCUGGCUCCUGCUGUCAUGUCCACCAAGCGCAGCAAGCACAGGAAACUGGGGAGUAUGGAGCAAAAAAUCUCCAAGUUUUCCCCCAUUGAGGAGGCUCGGGAUGUGGAGGCAGACCUGGCCUCCUAUUCCUCAGCGACAGGUGGGGCUUACCCCUCCGCUCACAUUCGAGGGCGCCAGCUGAUUGAGGAUUACGGCUUUAAGACAAAUGCUUACGACAGCAGCAGUGGCACUACCACUCAUGGUAGUCGAUACUACGGUUCAGGGAUGGAGGAGGACGAUCGGAUUUAUUAUACCUCCACUGGCCGCUCCCGUUCCACUGGCUACGGCAUGGACAAGAUCUCAUCCAGGGACUACCCUGGGUAUCGUAGCCGAUCCUAUGAGAGGGACGACCGCUCCUACAGAUCUGGCUACAGCCGGGGGCGCCAUCCAACCCGGCAGUACUCUGAAGAGGAGAGUCCGCUCAGUCCCCUUGGACGGUUCAUGGGUUCUGGCCGAUCAUCCAGCUUAGGUCCCGACCCAUAUGACAGUCGCAGCAGUAGAUAUCAUUACUAUUAUGGCCAGUACGGUUCCAGCCACUCGCUGCCAGAUGUACAAGACCACAUACGGGACCUUCCUCGGACUCAUGUCUACAAAUCGGAUGAUACAUACAUUAUAGACGAUUAUCAUUGUGCUGUGUCAGACAGUGAAGCCUACCAUCUGGGCCAAGAAGAAACUGACUGGUUUGAGAAGCCCCGCUCCAGCUCUCGACACUACAGCAGUCACUCGACCGGAAGAAAUCGGCACAGUGUCAAGCACACCUACCAUGAUUAUGAUGAGCCUCCUGAGGAGGACCUGUGGCCCCAGGAUGAGUACGGCCAUGGAGGGCGACACUCUUCAUCCCGUGACCACCGGCACCAUGGCAGCUCUAGCCGACACUCAUCCUCAUCACGUCAUUCAGAUGAACCAAGGUCCUCAAGGUCAUCUAAGGCGCACCCCAAGGACCCAUCAAUGCGCCAUGACCCAUCAGGACGAUCCUCUUCUGCUGGAAGGCGUGGCGACUCAAGGUCAGGCAGUUACCACUCUUCUGACUACUCCCGAGAUCCAUCUGGGCAUCACCACGGCCAGCGCUCCUCCAGACAGGGAGACCCACACCGCUCCUCACGCAGCAAGUCUCAGCCAGGGGACAUGCAGAGCCAACCACCAGGCUCCUCCAGGUCUGGCAGCUCUGCCCGUGGUCAGGGCCCCAUUGGUGGCCCUACAGGAUCAGGGCGACAGAGUGGUACAGGUCCCCAGAUGGACGGGGCUCCAGGACAAAGGACGCAGCUCCAACAGCAAGCCCAAACAUCGGCUGCCAGGCCAGGGCAGCCCGGUUCCGUCGCAACCACUGGCCCUCAACAGCAGCCUCCAGCCCAGGGACAAGGCAUGGGUAUGGGCAUGGGCAUGGGGCAAGGCCAGGCCAAGCCGGGGCAGAUGGGACCGGCAGGUGGACCCAUGGGGCAAGCCAGGCAGACAGGACCAACAGGAACCACACCACCCGCCAUGCAGGCCAAGAUUGACACUCCACCGGUAACAGCCAUUGGUGCAAAGGCAGCACCCGUCAUGGCAACAAAGGCCGGACAGCCCCCGCUCACAGGCAUAGGCUCCAAGGCAGCGCCCCGGCCGGGAGGUAUUGGCAGUGCAGCCGCAGGACAGCCUGGCAUGGAUGGAGAAGGCAUGCUGUCCAAGAUCCUGCCUGGAGGAGCCGCUGAGCAGGCCGGCAAACUGGGAGAAGCUAUCUCCGGUUUUGGCAAGAAGUUCACCUCUUUAUUCUGAGGUGCCAACAUUAAGGACUAUGUAAAUGUCAAAUGAUGAAGUCACGAGGCUUCGUACCAGAAAAACCUGCAAAGUUCCCCCUGCUUUUGUUUUACUUAAAGAGAGAGUGAGAGGAAGGAGAGAGAGGGGGAAACAGAGAGGAGAGCUAAGCAUACUGCCAACAAGGACUGGAAUCCUCUGGAUACUUCAUGUCUCAGGCCUGAGCACACACUGGCAGAGAGAACACACUGCUAUCUCUGGCAGGCCAGACAAUCAUUCCAAGCCAACAUCCACCUUCAGAAGGACUAUCCUAAAUUCCAGCCAAAGAAUUAGAUUCCACCCUGAUGACCACGGAGCCCUAGAUCCAACCUGUAGCAGUUAGAAAUAUCUCCACCCUUUCCUUACAAACAAGAAACUGACAGCCAAAAAUGUCAAGUUUAGAGAAACCAGUUUUGGUUUUUGCUGCUCUUCCAUGCCAGUAGACGGAGCUCUACUUAAAUCACCGGAGAUCUACACAGCUGCUGAAGGCAAGGAGAAUCAAUGAAAGCCGUCUCUGACCUCAGCACUCCAUGUGGAUUCAACACUGCAGCUUCAAAGGAAGGAAAUAAAAGGGUGCAGUAAUUCUACUCCCAUAUGCCGACGACUUUGCUGUUUAUAUGAGAGCUGCUUUUUCCUGCUAACAGUGAACAGGAAUUGGUAGCGUUACCACAGGCAUGCUAGGAUCCUUGGUUUCACAGUCCUGUCCUCAAACUCAGCAACAACCGAGCCUCUCUCCUCUUUUCUAUCUCUUCUCAAAGUAAAAAAAGAGUUUGGAAUAUGGAAUAAAACUUGCUGAAGUACCGCAGGCUUUUCUGGUACGAAAGACCUCGUGGAAAUGUCCCAUUGAAUGAAUAAGACAAUUAAAACCACAAAGCCGACACACGGAGAGAACAAGUGUGUUGGCAUUUGCUUCUUUCCACGGUUUGCUCUGUUUCUAUCUACAUUCCAGAUUGGAACUGUUAAAACCUUUUGCUCCCCCUCUUCCUCACCUCUCUGCGUUUCUUGAAUGCUGAUAUUUAUUUAUUUCUAAUCCCCCGCCCAACGAUCCUCAACUUGCCAUGUCUUUAAAGAAGUGUAUAGUGGAUUAAAAAUAAAUGUAGGAAUUUGGAAUGCAUGGAACUUUAUAUCCAAGACCUUACACUGUUCAUCAUUACAGAGGCCAUAAAGACACUGGGAAACACAUCUUACCUAGACGACGAAAACAAUAACGAAAGAAGAGAGAUUUCCGGAGCAACACACAGGAAUCGGGCCACGGGAAUAAGAGGAGCCUUUUGUUUUCUAAGGAGAAUUGGUACUUGGCGUGAAGCCGUAUGUGGUUGGGUUGUUUUUCAGCCAUUACAAAGCCAUUAAGACAACACUUACCUGCAGUGCUUGUGGUGAUGGGUCUCCUCCAACCACACCACAACAUUUGGCUCUCAGAUAUUUCUCAUGUUGUUGUCGGUAGUUAUCAUCUCUUGUGUUCUUUUCAUUUUUGUCUGAUUUCAGUUCUGUUAUUUGCCUGGUUUUUAUGUUGCAGGUUACCAAUAUCGCCUUAAUCGUUUUUAAAUAUUUUAUUUUGAAGUAAAAGUGGCAUAUUUUUUAUUACACCCUGUGAACACAUAUUUUCAUCACACCCUUUUUUAUGUAGUAAUAUUCAGCUGGAACACUGGCCACAGUGAGAUUAAUUUAUAUUUUUUGAAUUAACUUUGUUUUUGAUAAUUGUUUGUGAUAUUAUUUUUCUUUUAUUUAUGUUUUGUAAUGUUUUGUUACCUCCAUCAAGCCCCCCUUGUCAAUUUUCUGACUCUUAUGUAUUAUCAAUACUUAUAAAAGCAAUAGAGUAUGAGGUAGGAAAGUAAAGAGCACAAUCUUGUGUCAUUUCAAAAGUUGGUGGAACAGAAAUGUGUUGCCUCCGUCUGUCUAACUUACCACUGAUGUACCGCUCAAGUCUGACUGAAACGUACCACAAAAUGUACUCUUAUAUUGUACCACUGCUGUACUGAUACAUCAGAGAGCAGGAGCUCACCUGCUCAUAAAGAGUUUGGUACCACCCAGAUCUUCUCCUCCAACCAACAGUGAGACAUCUUGUCUUCAAUCAGCCAGUCAGUGGAUCGAGUGAUACGCUGCUUGUAUUGGCCAGCUGGAGUCUGAUCUGAAAGCACUGCAGGGCAGCAGAGAGGCACUGAAAAGCAGACCAGUCACACAUCGCGGCAGAACUGGACUUGACAUCGUCAAUCUGCGGGGGUUUGGGAUUCGAUGUGACCCUCCAAGAUGGACGUUUAUUGGGAGUUUGCAGAAAGCCCCGCCGAGCUCCUUACGCAUCAGUGUGUAUCAGCAUGUGUCUUCACUCUGUCAAAUGUGCACAGCGCACGUGAAAGCACACUUGAAAAAAUGGUGUCAAAAAGAGAGAAAAAAAAAAUCAGCACUCAUGUGACUGAGGAACCAAAAAUAACACACUUGGUUGUGUCACAAAGUCACUCGCCUUUUUUUAUCUUUUCAUUUUCUAUCGUGGUGGCGUGCAGACCUGUAACCCAACCCCUGAAAACCUCUCUCUCAGACUGUCAGUUGUCAUGGAAACUUCUCAGGUCAGUGUUCUCCCUGCUGUUGCUCCUGCAGUGCAUUGUGGGAUCUGCGGUUCGGUACUCAAAACAUUCUCUGUCAGGCCAAACAUUGCGAGGCCUUCAGCAAAACCAACGAACCAACCAACUUCUGCUGUAUAUUGUCUGUGUGAACGCUCGCUGGGAACCUUCGCAUGCCGCCCGGUGCAGAAAAACCUCAAAGUCACCUCUAUAUUGUUCUGUUCCUAAUGUUUGUAUGUAUGUGUGUGGGGGUCUGUAUGCCUGUAUUUAAAUGACCAUCAUCCAAUGUGGAAAAGAAAAGAAAACAAACGAGUUCAACCACAACAAAUAUGGUGGGCAGAAGAGGCGACCUCUCAUCUCCAGUCCUUCUAUGCAAUGAAUCAUAUUUGGAAAAAAAAAACAAACAUUAGGAGGAAAAAAGAAGAGAAAACACAAAUGGGGAAAAAGUCACACAAUCAUUAUUUAUCACACCUGAGUUAUUCUGGUAUCAAGACUGCAUUGUUAUGGCAUUUCUCAUAGAUCAGAAUAAGAAGAUUCUGUGAAUUUUAUUGACUGUGUACAAGUAAGGAAGUAAUAGGAAGGGUCUCUGUAUUAUUUAUGUUAACCUGGCAUGUUCAGGGUCCCCUUUGUUCCCCAGCUGGGAGUUUCUCUCUCUAAACUUGCCUUCAUGAGAGGUGGAAAAUGAGAGGUGGAGCUCAGCGGAUGGGGAAGGAUUUAGCAGUGUUGCUUCCAAAGAUGCACCACUGUAUUCAAACUAAAAAUGAAUGGUCGUCAAAAUAAAACUGACUUCUCCACCCUUGCCAUUAACAAGGCUUUCCAAUUGAGAGUAGUCUGCUCUAAAUGAAGCGUGCAUAAAAAUAAAUAUUGAAUGUCUCAGUAAGAUGUUAUAUACUAAAUAAUGGCUCAUUUGAUGUUUUAAAAACUAGUAUUUGAGAUGUAUUUCACAGAGAAAAGAGUCACAGAGUCGGCCAUCUUGCUUUAUUUUGCUUCAAGCAGGGGUUAACUGAGUAUACCGAAAAAUGUCCAGAGAUUUAUUUAAAAAAAGAUGUAUAUUAGAUAUAGAAUAUAUAUCAAUGUUUUAAGUAUAUUCCCUAAUAGAGUUUGUGUCUGCUCAGGGGUGAAGAAGAAAAGCCCCUCUGUUAUUUAUUUAUUUAUUGAUUGAUUGAUUUAUUGAUGACUACAGCCCGAAAUUCCUGGUAGGUUCAGGCUACAUGAAUGUGCAAUUGUGUAAUUAAAGAAUAUUUAUGUUCAACACCGAGCCAGUUCAAAUACAGUUACAUACAUAAUGCAGAUUAUAAUAUAUAAUUUCUAUAUAUAACAGAUUAUAACAUAGCAUUUAUAGAAUCUAUUUGAUCCGAAACACCACUGGAGGCGACCCGUGCAGCUCUGUUUAAAGCAUUCCUAAAUUUAAACAGUGGUGAGAGUGAGUUUGUUUGAGUGUGUGUUUGAGUGUUUGAAGGUGCACUGCCACAACACGCUAAGAUCGAUAAGCUAAAUACAUUGUUGUUCAUUUCUGUGCCUCAGUGUAAAAAAAAAAAAAAGAGAAAAAAAGUUAUCUGCAAAUUUACAGACUAUUUAUGAAAACAGAGAAUUUAGUACAGUAAGUUGUUUAUGCAGUACAGAAACAUCCCUCUUAACUCCCAAACGCCUUUACAACACCCAGUUAUUUCAGCAUGGCCUGACAAGUCGUUAAUACUGUAAAAGAAGUGAGUAUAUUUUUUUGUGAAUUUCUUUCUGAGAUGAUUUUAUUUAUUUAAAAUGUAUUUUAUCGUGCUGAGAGGGGAUGGAAAGCUGGCUGGGAGUGAAGCAGGAAGAGAGACUUAGGUUUGAAAUCUAUAGAAGCAUAGAGUGAGAGAUUAUGUUACCGAUCACUGGAUUUACCACACAACCAAUAUAAUCAGAUGAAUUUAUCUGAAUAUUAUUCUAUUUUUCUUUCUUUUUUAAGUUUUACAGUCUGCCACUAGAGAAAAAUAUGCCAGCCUGUUGCUUUUUCCUUCAGCAUUUGGUGUGAAAAUCUAAUUUACCUUUUUCGCGAUUAAUACACGAAAUGCUAAUGCACUGUCAAGUGAAAAACAUUGUAACAGUUUGACUUCCGUACGUUUUUUCUUUGCCUCAAGUCUGAUUAUUCGGGCUCUGUUUAGAUCCGGCUGCACUCCUGCACGUCAGCCCUCACAGGCGCCCGCCGGAUCCGUAGCUUUACUACAGAAGCUUAAAAUUAGACUGGUAGAACAAAUAAUGUGAGAGAGAGUUUAAAGUUUUCCAAAUUGUUCCCAACUUCCUCUAUUGUAUGUCGUAUGUUUCUGGAAUUAAAAGUUUAAUAUAAUGUUCCUCAAUCACUUUUGCCUCAGGAAAGCACACACUAAAUGCAGCAUUGCAAACGGAGGUGUUCAAAUGAGAACAGAAGAUGGUGGAUGGGCAUAUGCAGGUGCAAUAAAUCAGAUUUCAAACACAUAACAACAAAGAUGUGAUCUUCCCGUAACUGCUGUCGACUAGAGGGACUCAGUGCUAUUUGAGUGACACGGCCAUGAAGUCAUAAAUAACAAGAUCUGCAUUUAAAAAAAUAAAGAGCAAAUGUCAAUUUAUUUAUUUUUUUUGUUCCUGUGUGAAUGCAGCCACUGAAGGUGACUUAAAUAUGCAUAGCAGCAAGGGCUUUUAUACUACAAUACUAGUCACUGAAGAAAGCCAUCCUGUUACUGCCCUCUAGCCAGUCGUGGUCUCUGUCUGUACUCUGCAUGGUGUCUGUCAAAAUCCAGGAAAGCAAAGGACUUCGGUUCAAACCGCAACAAUCACCGAGGGGGACAAACUCACCGAGCCACAGCCUGGUUUUAUCAGAGGCGUCUGAAGCACAAACGUAGACCAUAACAGAAGAUAGGACCUUAGAGUCGUGUUCCAAAUCAAAAUCUGCUCGGGAAAUAGCUUCUUUAAGUCCACAAAGACACACAAACUACUUUUCAUACGUGAAAAAUCUGAUAUAUAUUCUUUUAAAUUACGUUUUGGAACAAAACUCUCGUGUUUAUUAGUUUUGCAAUAGAACAAUGGGUCAGAUUUACGGACAUUUCCUCGGGAUCCGUGUUUGAAAGAGGCCGGGUCUCAAAAGGCCCGACUCAGCAAUAAGGUUGUAUUUACGCACAGUCAGAGAGUCUGAUUGUUGAUCCUCUGUGGCGCUGAUCUGGAGUCAGAAUUCGGCGUGUUUUUUCUGCCUGUACAGCCAUGAAAAGGACGGACGACAGUAGCGCCACAGAGUUGAAGAAAUCAAGUCGACUGUACUUAAAUGCAGCUUAGAUGCUUUUGGGAAACCUGGACUCUGUGUUUGUGUGUGUGUGUGUGUGUUCUCAACCAAAAAGGUAGCAUACAGCGCUUGUACAGUAUGUAGUAGUAGUUGUAGUAACUGUCGCCACGGGCAGGUGAUGUAUAGCAGGACCGGAGAAAGACUUUAAAACGCAAAAAUAUAUAAAUAACUAUAUGACAACGUAAAUGUUUCAUAGGUGAGAGGUUGUACAAAGAGAGCGAGAGUGCCGAAACAUCUUAAACCACGAGGGGGAAAAGUCCCAUCUUUCACUGUAAAACCAUCAGGGAGCGUUAAUUCAUCUUUCACCUGUAAUGAAUCAUCAGCGUAAAAUUACAAUUGCAUGACCUGGACACCCCCCACCCGAACCCGUCCCUUGACUUUAUGAACCUCCUUCUUCUACCGUUGACCUUUCACCUCACGGGCUGCCAUCUUUUUUUUCCCAGUGUAAAUACCAGAUGAGAGCCGGCCCGAGUCCGCUCUCGAAGCAACCACGACGACCGAUGUAAAUUGCCACGAGGGAACAUGUUCUUUACAACAUGUAAAAAUCUAAAAACUGCAUCCCAACACACACGUACGCACACACAGGCACAAGAGAGGCCUUCGCACACCACACAGCGACACAAGCUGGAGCGUAUGCAAGCCCAAAAAAAAAAGACGAACCCUCCCUGCCCGCAACUUGUGCUUUGUGUGCGUAAAAAAAAAAAAAAGAAAAAAAUCGACAACAUGCGUAACGAUCGAGAGCAGAUUUGAAUAACAAACGACAAAAAACUCAUUGUGUACGUAUGUGGCUGACUCGUGCGGACUGUUUAAAAACUCAUUAAAAAAAGUUGUAUUCGGACAUUUAAAAAAAAAAAUGAAAACAUAUUGGUCUGUGUAGAGUUUCUAUACAUGUUGUGUUUGUAAAAUGAGAUGACAAAAAAAAAAAAAUCAAAAAAGGGAAAAAAAUAUUCUGGCUUCCAUGUAAUUUAUGGGUGGAUGGAUCAUUUUUGGGGCGAUGGAGAUGACGAGGGCGAAUGGAGAUGUGUAAAAAAAAAUAAAAUGAUAAAAGAUAAAAAAAAAAAAACCCAAUUGAAUGAAGAAAAGAGGGUGAAAAUAAAAUACAGAAAAAGGUCAAGAGCCUAAAAAUGACUACAAGUGUUCCAUUCACUGUUGUAAGUGCAAUGAGCUAAACUUCCUGUUUCCCCAUUGUAAAACCUUGUGUAUGUUUCCGUGUAUUCCUCCUGUAAAUGGGUGUAGUAGACCUGGUGCAUCAUGCCAUGUAAUGUGAUGAAUGACAAAUUAUGACCUUACAAUACAUUUCAAUCAGGAAAAAUGAAUAAAAGACAAAUACACACAAAAAA